CAAUGAUGCAAUCAGAUUAACAAUAGCCAUGGAUAAAGCUCAGGACAGAAAAAUAAAAGCAUAAUUAUUGAUCGCUUGGGAUUAUGAUUGCUACUCUAGUAGAAUACAGGUGCAUGUACCCAGAGGCCAAGUACUUUUCCAUGUACAUGGAUAACACAAGACAAAUUUCGUCCAGAAGCGUAAACUAAUAUCAUGCUUUCUAGUCAAAUACUACCUCUGUAACUUAAUAUAAGAUGUUUUUUAACACUAUGACAGUGUCAAAAAAGUCUAAUAUUAAGUUACGGAGGGAGUAUUAACUUGGCCAUACGCUUGCAUGGUCCUUGCAGACAUAGUCCCUACUCAAUUCACACUCACAGGAAAGACCAUUGAAAAAUGGUACACUGGCCCCUUAGAUUUCUACAAAGUUCAGGCAACAUAUAUAAUAGUUCGAGCUAAAAGGAACAAAAAGUGGUGUACUCGAUAAUCUGCAUUAGAGUGUAUAUGCAUGAGAAGCGCCCACAAAGAAAACCGCAUAAAUAUGGACAUUGCUUGAGCAAGAAACUUCUGAGAACUGACACCAAUGAUGAUGCUUCAGGAAAGUUGGAGAAAGUCUAUUCAACCAGACCAGGCUUUCAGGAAUCGCUUUAUGUGGAGAGAGUCUGCAGUGAUUCCAUUGUAAAGAAACCCUUGAACCACCACACCUACUGCAUCCUUCUCCUUGCUUCUUAGCUUGGCUUACCAUCUUCUCUAAAACAACCGUGCUCUGCCCCCCAGUAUAAGUACUCACCUGCUGGCCACACAAGAUGCUAGAAGCCAGGUAGACACUGAAACAGGAGUUUGGGCACAGUAAUAGGGCCACCUCUCUUUGGUCUCUGUGCAGUAUCAAGCGAAAUGGACAACAGCAUGCCUGUAGUCAGUAAGAUGUAUUGCUCAAGCACUCCAGCGGCGCUGAUGAUCAGGAGAAGACCCAUGGUAGUGAAUGGCGGUGGUUUUGUUGUUACUGACUUUAGUCAUAAUGUUGUUUUCAUUGUGGAUGGUUGUGGUAUACUUGGAUCUAAGGGAGAGCUCAUGGUGAAAGACAGUGAUGGAGAACAGAUACUAUUCAUUUCUAGAAAGGGAGGAAUUGUACAGGCUCUAAGCACGCGGAACAAAUGGAAUGGGUACUCAAUGGAUUACCAAGGGAAAAACAAGUUGGUCUUUAGCCUAACUGAUCCCAAAUCAUGCAUAGCAAAAGGUGCACCGGUUAGAAUUCACAUUGAACCAAAGAGGCACUGCAAUAAUUGGGAUUUCGAGAUCUGUGGAUCUUUUGCAGAUAGGAACUGCACAAUAAUUGAUUGCACUGGAAAAAUAGUGGCGCAGGUAUGCCAUCCAUACCUUGAUAAUUCU